CUAAAGCUAUGCUUGUAAUUUGUGUAUAAUAGCGAAUAUUAAAGGCUCAGCUGCGUUUGGCUAGCCGAAGUAUAUUUCUUUGUGGCUGUUUGUGUGCGUGUGUGCGCGCACAUAGCCGCUGCUGCAGCGGCGCUGUGUUAACGCGCUCUUCGUAUAUUUCUGGCGUUAUUUUGUUGUUGUUGUUAUUACAUACUACGUUCUUUAUGCGCUACUACUUUAUCUUCCGUUUGUGUGUUCACUAUUCGUUGAUUCUCCGUUCGUCCGCAGCGGCGGCGACUACAGCGACGACGAUUGCUCUCAUCGUUUUGAUUACGCAGCGCUGCUACAAAUGUCAAAUUUUUUGCCGUGUGUCAUUCCACACUACGUCGUCGAUUCUAUUGGCAAAAAUGAAAUUUUCGCGAAAAGUUUCACUAAAUUACACUCGAAAAUAAUAGUGUAGAAAGGUGUUAAUAGCUGAAAAGUGUUAACCGUUGCAUUAAUUAACAACUCGCAGUGUUUUUUAUGUGUAUGUCGUGUUUGCAAAUAAGUAAAAUGUUUAGUAAAUUAAUGCAACAAAUCGAUGUGAUUGUGUGUAGUCGCCUGCUGACUUUGGUUAUGAACCGAAUGAUCCGAGAAUAGUUUGGUGCUGCGGCAACGCUGCCGUUUUUUUGUUUCUGUUAUUUGCUUAUUUCACAGUUCGGUUCUUGAUAUAUUAAAUGAAAAAAAUGUGAAAAAUUAAGAAAUAAGCAAAAUUUUCACAAAAACUAAAUUUUUGCCUAACGCAUGGUGCACAUAUUGCGAAAAUCGUCAACACCCCAUCGUGUUAUGGAAUAAUUUCAGCGGAAACUGAAUCCUCUGUGUGAAACAAAAACGUGUGAUGGAAUAAUUAGCUAAAAGAUUAAUAUUCUAAUCAACAAAAAGAACAAUCAACCUUAAAAAUUUAACAAAUUCAAUACUUGAGAAAAAUAAAUCAAAAAUUUAUUUCUUCAGUUCGUGAAAAAAUGCUAAAACACAACUACAUAAAGUAUAGAUGUUUAGUACAAAAGCAAAAAAUUUCUAAGAUUUUUUGAGUUUUGCUUUUAGUUUAUAUUUUUUUUUUUCGUUAAGUUACCUUCCACAACCCAACAGUGCGAAGAGUGAAGUGCGUAAAUUUCAGAGGUGCUUUGUUAACGCAUAAAUCGCGAUGUUUUGAAAAUACAAAAAAAAAUCAACUAACGAAUGUGUUCUACUGCUUGAAAUACAAAAAAAAAAAUAUUAAAAAAAAAAUAUAAAAAUAGCAUAAGUUAAAUUGCUUGGUUAUGAAUAAUUUAAAAGUAUGCAAAUUUGUGUUAAUUUAAAAUUAAAAGAAAAUAUUUGUGAAAAUGUUGCAAAUAACAAGAAUAGAAUAAGCAAAGUCGACUAGUGCAAGAGCGUCGUGAUCAAGCAGUUACCGCUGAGCGCGACCUCAUCAACGACACUAAUAAAACUGACAACAAUUGCAAAUACAUAUAAAGCAACAGCAACAGCAACACAAACAAAAAACCCACAAACUAUUAGGAAAAUCACAAAAAGCAACCAUUUGUGAAAUUCGCAAAAGCGCUGUGUACGAAUCAGUCCAGUUGGUUGAUGUAAAUUUAACAGUGUACAACAAAUUUAAAGCUGUGACAAGCAGCGGCAAAUAAAAAAGCAAACGAAGAAUUAGAGCCUAGCAACAGUGAAUAAAAAAUCGUGUGUUUUGCAUACUCAUGCCGAAGUAAUCGAUUUAAAAUUAACUAAAAAAAAUACAUAUAUAUAUAUAUAAAUAACGCAUAGAAUUUAGUAGUAAUUAAGUCGUAAGCUUAAGUGCAAAUAGGUGAAUUAAACAAAGAAACUCAACUUGAAGCAAAUUACACUAAGGCAGCCGCAUAUAAUCGAAACCUAUACCUUUAAACUAAUUACAAAAUCGAUAAGAUUUCUACAUUUGGAUACGGUUACUUUGCAAUAAAAUCAUUCGUCCUGGAUUAUCUGCUAAAGACAUUGCGCACCUUGAAAAACCCGAUUAUGGCCGAGAAUCAGACCGCCACGGAAGAUUCCGGUCAGCAAUCGCAACAUCAGCAGCAAGGGCAGCAGCAGCAACAACAGCCGCAGUCGCCGCAGCAAGAUCAGCCACCUCCCUCUGCACUCGCAUCGCCUACAACACCGCCACAAGAGAAUAAUUCCGCAUCAUCGCCCGAAGACACCCAAACCGUUGUUGCACCCAACACCAAUCAUCAUUCGCACAAUCACAACCUCCGCAAUCAGCAACAGCAUCAUACAAAUCAAGUGCAUCCCGAACAAGGCCAUUCGCUUACCAUAAUGGAUCAUCAUCAAUUCUCUGAUAUGUUCAAGAGUAGCACCAUAGCAGCACAGCGCCGCAACACAAUACAGUCUCACGCUCCCAUACGUGCCGCCAGUACCACAGCGAUUAAGAAGCCGCCGUUGACUAAAAUGACAUCGCUAUCAAAUGCAAAUACCGGUGGCAGUGGUGGUGGUGGUGUUGCGAAAGCCAUCAACUCGUCGGACAAACGUCAUCAUCACCAUCAUCCACAGAGCGCCCAUCAUUCGUCUCUGCACCAACAUAAUGUGAACAGCAGCGGCAGCAUGAAUCAUCAUCACCAUUCAGCUUCAACGGGUGGUAGUAGUGGUGGUGGCGGCACCACUAAUGCAGUGCAUCGUCGUACCAGUGAGAGUUUGCGUCUCAAUGCCGCUGUCAGUGGUGGCAAUAAUGGCGGCAGCAGUGGUUCUGGUUCGGUCGCUAAUUCGUCCAAUACGAAUCUUUCAAAUGCGACCAGCAAUAGUAGCAUUCACUCGAAUGUGACUGCAAACAGUACCAGCUCGAGCACAUCGGUUGCACCACAGUCAACAGCCACUACGGCUUCGACAUCGACGAAAGUCACAUCGCCAAACAACAAUGGUGGUGGCAGUAGUUCGGCCAGCACCAAUACAAGCCGCACUCAUCACAGUCAUGGCCAUGGAGGUGGUGGUGGUGGCGGUGGUGUAAAUGGCGCUGCCGGCAAUCAGCACCAUACUGCCGCUUCGCAGCCAAGUAAAAAACCAAAGACGACCUCAUCUUUUCAGAUUACUUCCGUUACUGUGGGACAUCCCAAGGUGAAUUCCGAUAAUGGCGAUGAGUCGGCUGACGACUUGGAUGAAUCCCAUACAGAUGAAUCUCAUAGUCGUGUUACCGAUCUCGAAAAUGAGACACCUUCAAUGUCAGAAGAUACAUUCUCCAAAGAGGAGGUGUAUUUCUCCAAUAAUGCAUUGAGCACUACAGCACCGGUGAUACCGACCAGUUCACAGUAUGGUCUCGUUGUUGUAGAUCCCAUUGGUCCAUCGCUCGGACAGACUAUACAAAAUGUACAGGUCAAUGUUUCGGACAACAUUAUAAAUGUGGUGAGCGCUGCUGUCACACCAGGCGGCAGUAAGAAGAAGGACGACAUCAAAGAGACGCAGCAUCGUAGCGAACGUUUCAAGGUGGUCAAGAUCGAGUCGACUGAGCCGUUCCGCCGUGGACGUUGGAUGUGCAUGGACUAUCUCGAUCACUCAACUGUAGGCACCGGCGGCAAGGAGGGCGGCGGUGGCAACAAUAAUGAAAAGACUGUUUCCUCCGAAUCGGGUAGCGGCGGCAGCAGCGAACCGGCAAAGACUACACAAAGUAUGAUAAUUGGCACGGGCGCCGCACAAUUGCUCGAAAAUCAUGUGGAUGGCGUUGGAAAUAGUUUGCAACUUACUACUGGGGGCGGUACCGUUGCCAAUGCUGCGAAUGAUGACAACUGGAACUUUGGCGAAGGUGACGGAAGCGUCAGCUCACCAGCUCAACAGAUGCAUCAACAAAUGUCUGCACCAUCUGGUAUUGCCACCGCACCGGCUACAGUAGUACAUGGCAUGCAGCACUUUAUGUCCGAAUCAGCUGGCAUGCAGCAGGGACAUACACAGCAGCAACAGCAGCAGCAGCAACAACCACUACAACAGCAACAGUCACAACAAGUAUAUGCUGAUAAUGCGAAUGCCAAUAACACAGGCGUCGGUGGAGGCACUCAGGAUGUGGUUCACGGGCAAACAUUGCCUAUGGAUUAUGCAACAGUUGUCGCACAGCAAUUGCAACAAUCGUUGCAGCAACUAAAGAAACAGGAGGAAGCGAUUGCCGCUUCCGAGGAAGCUGGUACGGUUUAUGUGCCACCACAGGCACAACAGCAACAGCCGCAACAACAGCAGCCGCAGACGCUUCCUAGCAAUUUGCAGUUUCAAAACGGCAGUGUUGUCAUGUGUGAAAACAAUAACGGUGCUGUUAGCAUGCAACAGGUUGAAAAUGCGCAGCAACAGUCCAUGCCAACAGCCUAUGUAGCACAACAGCAAGGUGGCAACUACAGUCAACAGCAGCAACAAAACUUCCAACCCGCUGUUACACAACAACAACAACAGCAGCAGCAGCAUCUUCAACAACCGCAACAACAACAACAUCAGCCUUCUCCUCCGCAAAUGAUGGCCAACGACGCCAUGAAUAUGCAACUUCAGCAACAACAAUCAUCGCAACAGCAGCAGCAGCAACAACAACAACAACAAAAUCAAUCGGCUUCCGCCCCGACAUCGCAAAUCGAUGGCGCAGCCACACAACCACAACAAUUCCAGUUCCAGUCACAAGCGCAGCCACAGUCGCAGCAACAGCAGCAACAACAACAACCAACACAUCCACCACAGUAUCAACACCAACAAUCAGCUCCAGCUGGUCAAACGAUGCCCAUCGUAACUCAAUUGACAAACUAUGAAUUGCAACAACAGUCUGGCGGCCAGCAACAGCAACAACAACAGCAGCUGCCACAACAAAUGCAACAAAGUGCGCCGCCAACUAUUGCUGAUCCUAAGGUUCUGGCGGCCACCAUCCAGGCUCAUCAUGAACAGCAGCAACAACAACAACAACCAGUAACGCUUGACAAUGUCCAAAUAACCAAUCCAACAACAAUUGCGAAUAUGCAAAAUGAGACAUUGCAGUUGCAGCAACAGCAACAAAUUCAUAGUGCUAAUAAUAUGAACAAUGCUAGUGCUAAUACUAACAAUAACAACAACAGCAAUAAUGUUGCAACUGUGACUACAGUCGAAGAACCGUCACCGGUUCAACAGCCAACUCCGCCGGCACAACAACAACAGCAGCAGCAAGUACCACAACAAUUGCAACAGCUACCACAACAACAACAGCAACAGCCACCACAGCAAACACAACCGAAUGCAGAAACAGAGACUGAUAGUAUAUCGAGUCUCUCGCAGGCCAUGUACCAUGGCAGUAAUCGUAAGCGUGCCUUCAGCACACCGCACAUAACACCCGCCAUCUCCACAUUGCUCAAUAUGUCGAACAAUGAACGAGGUGUGUUUCUGCUCAAUAACAGUAACGGCAGUAAUUUUAAUAUCAACUACAAUAACAACAACAUACCAGCCGAACGGCUUGUGUACUAUAUGAAAACGGCAUCACCACACGAUUUGGAGAAUAGCAGAGUGUCUGGCCCAUGGAUACCAGGUCGCUCCGACACCAAUAUCUAUACGAAUCUGGCGCUUGGUCACAAUCGCUAUAAAUUCUUGCCAAAUACACAAAAUUACGACGCCGCCGAAGAUGAGGAUGCAGACGAAGAUGAAGCCAUCGAUCAAUUCUCACCAACUAUUUACCCAACAAGUCGUGCCAUUCCUAUACCGAGCGGUAAUAAACAUAGUCCACAGCAUUUGUCAAGCGGCCAACAAACUCCACAACUGCCAACAUCACCUACACAUGUAGCGCACAGCGCCAGCCCGACCACCAGCGCAUAUCCAUACUCUCCCUUCUACGGCAGCUCACCCGAUUCGCAAACCACUCUUGGUGGCGGUGGUGGUGGUGUUGCUGGCGGCGGCGGCGCACAAACGCCCAUUAGAAUGGCUUACAGCUACGAUCAUGCGUUAGGUGCGAACUUCAAACGCGUGCCCACCUUGACACACCAAAGCUCACAACAACAACAACCACAACAGCAACAGAUCGUUGGACGUAUGGUGCCGCGUGCCUUAUCCCUCGAUGCGACGGGCCGGAAUGCGGCGGCGGCGUCAGCGGCCGUGAUGUUCGCCACCUCGCCGACCACAUCAUUGAACAGUGCAUCUGGAACAAGUGCAGUUGCGAUCGAUAAUAAGAUCGAGCAAGCUAUGGAUCUGGUCAAAUCCCAUCUUAUGAUAGCUGUUCGCGAGGAAGUUGAAGUACUCAAGGAGAAGAUUUCCGAGCUGAUGGACAAAAUCAAUCAACUUGAGGUUGAGAACACCAUAUUGAAAUCGAACAUGUCACAGGAGAUGUUGCAACAAUUGCAAAUGCAAACGCAGCUGCAGAUCGCCGGCAGCAACACCACUAGCAAUGGCAGCAGUGCCGGCACACCAGCGAUCACGGCCGGCAAUACCGGCAAUGCCACAGUAUCGACCGCUAAUAUGAUUGCCGCAGCACCACAACAACAGGCUGGUACACCCACAACCGCUGCGGCUAAUGAGAGCAGCGACGCCAGCCCAGCGACCGAAACAACGGCCACAGCAGCAGUAGCAGCAGCGACCAAUAAUGGCGCGGAAAAUGCGGCGGCCACAACAAACGGCCCAAUGUCGUCAUCCUAAACGCUGCAAUGUUGAAGCGUUAAUUGAGAAAAGCUUAUAGUCGAAGCGAGGCGUAGUAUAUUAAAAGAAAACAAAACUUUCUCGAAGCACCAGUCUGGGUAGUUGGAGUUACAUAAUUGUUAGAAUUGAAGGUGAUAUUGGUGUGUGUAUGUUGAGUGAGCGGCGCUUGGACUGCAAGUAGUGGCGUACAAAUUAAUUUAUUUUUGUUGUUGCGUAUGUGUUGGUUGUUGAGAGUCUUUGUCAAGUGAAAUGCAGCAAUAAUUUAGUGGCAACACAAAAAAGAAAUUGUUUUAUUGCGCCACAAAAGAUUCUCAUAGCCACAAAAAAAUUAAAAAAAAAAAUGAUAGGGCAAUGUUUGCAACUUUUGAGAAACAUGCACAAGCGUUGUAUCGGUUAAUAUUUUUUAUAUACAUACAUAUUUAUUUUACACAAAUAAAUACUUUCCGUUUUCUAUGGAAUGCUGCAAGUUUUUCAAAACUGCAAACAUUGUGAUCCAUGCCACGGCAAUAAAAAUAUACGCUUGAUUGAUUUUUUUACGCGUCCAGCGAGGCGGCCAUCUAAAAUAUCGCCACCCUUCAAAACGUUGUGGCUAACAUUUGCAAACCAUCACAACACCAGCCAGCCGGCAAACACACAUCACGAAAAUACCACAAACCUAAAGAAAUAAGCAACAAAACUUCAAGCAAAAAUAAAGCAAGAAACAAAACUCACUGAUAAACGUCGCCAAACAAUUGGUUGCGCGCCAAUGCUGCCAUAUGUUGCUGGCAACAUAUAGCGCUUUCAUAGCAUACCAACAAGUAUUCCCAGCUUUGUUUGAGCGACGCAAUGCCGUGUAUUUGUACGCGUCAAUAUUGCAUUGCCGCAACACACACACAUACACUCACACACACACAAGCACUGGGCAACGUUUGCCCUGUAGCGACAACAUGUUGCUAAUGCUGCUACAAAUAUAUCAGUAUGAAUCUGCAGCAACUAAAACAGCGCAACAUGUUGCCGCAGUGACUGCAAGCGGCAAACAAAGCGAAAUGAUCAUGUUAAAUGUGAUAUAACUCAAUUUAUAAUUAUUUCAAGCAUACAAAAAUAUGAAGUUGAGUCAAAUAGAAGCAGGAAGUGGGGGAACACAGAAGGUAGUAAGCAAAAUAUUGUAAUGUUGCUUGAAAGAGAACAAUGUGCGAUGUUGCAAACUUUGUAUCUUUGUAAAUAUGAAUGAGAAAAUCAAAUCGUUUGCAUAAUUUGCUUCAUAAUUGUCAUACUCUGUAUAUUAUUAUUGUGUUUUAAAUUUUAAUUUCGAAAUUUUUAAAUUUUUUACUUUUCACUGACACUUGAAAAGCGCAUAGUUAAAAGCAUAAGCAAACGAUUAGAGAGCAGUUUAGGAAAGUAUGAUUCAACAUAAAAUUCAUUUUUCGUUUAGUUAUUUUAGUUAAAGUUGUGUGUAAUUUUAAGUUUUGAUAUUAUUUUCCAUCCAUGUUGUAUAAUUUUUACAAAGCUGAUAAAUCACGAUGUGAAAAACCAAAAGCGAAAUAUUUGCAUAUUAGCAUUAACAAUAGAAAUAACAACAACAACAACCAUAUUGCAUGUAUUUGUAUGUAUUUCCAAAUUCAGUAAAUAUAAGCACAUUUCUUUUGGAAAAAAAUAAUAAAACCGUAAACAAGCAAAAGAUUUGAAGAAAAAUUAUAAAUAAUCAGGGAAUCAAAUAUUUGUGAAAUUAAAAAAAGGAGGAAAUGUAGCAAAAAUGCAAAAAGACAAAAAGGCAAGCAAGAAAACACUAAUAUACGCUGUAACAACAUGUUGCAAACGUAUAAAAAUACUUGUAUGCGCGCGAGUAUAAAAAAGUUGUGUAAAAAUUCGCAUGCUGAAAAACAAUUUGCGAACUUGAAAAAUUGAAAAUAGCAAAAACUAAAAAAAAAAUAUAUAAACGCUAAAUGAAAAAUGUACAGACAAAAUGUUAUAAUAUACAGUUAGUGAAGUCAAAAAACAACAUAAAAAAUUAAAUUAAUUAAUUAAAAAUUAAAAUUGCAUUUGCAACCAAAAUUUUCAAAACAGCAAAAGUUCCAAUGACAUGCAGAAAAAAAAAUUUUUAACAAAAAUUUAUUAAAAAAAAAACUCAAAUGGAAAAUUUCAUGUUAUUUGCGGUAUAAACUGAAUACAUACAUUAAACCAACUAAUUAAUAAUAUUUUUCUAACAAAUUGCUUAAAGAAAUAGUUUAAAAUUGUGCAGCGGUAAAAGUAAAAUUGUUUCGCUAAAUAAUAAACAAGGCAUUCACGCUAAACGCUGCAUAUUAAAAUUUUGAAAUUUUUUCACUCAAAUACGCGCUAACAGCAUAUUAAAAUUUUUUGUAUGCAUAUUAAAAUUUUUCAGUUUUUUUUUUUAUAAAAAUUCACUUAAAACACCUCAAGAAAUUAUAAAAUAAUUAAUUUUUAUAAAUUCAAAUUUACUUAAUAAUUUUAUUAUACAGCAAGUUGUUAAAAUAAUCAAGAUUUCAAAAACUACUUUGUCAGCUAUUGCAAAUUUCAACAUUAUAAGUGAAUGCCUUGUUUUAUUGUGCAAAAUAUAAAUUUGAAACCAAAACAAGUCAAAUCGUUCAGGCUGCCUACAAUUUACAUGUUUUUUGAAUUUUUUUUUCACUUGAAUAUUUUUAUAUAAAAUACAAUUCUCAUAAUUUAAAGAAAUAAUUGUAAUUAAAAAAAUAUAUUUUUUUAUUCAACAACAAAUUUAUCCAACAAAAAUUUGCAGCUGCUAUAAACAUUCAGUAAUAUAUUUAAAAAAAAUACAUAAUUUUGUUUGUAAAUAUAAAAAUAAAUCUUUAAAUCAAAAAUUUGUAAAAUAGCCAAUAUAAAGUUUUGUAUAAAAAAUGAAGAAAUAUUAAACAUGCCGAAAAUAUGUAAAUAACCAAAAGAUUUCAAACAUUUAUAACGCGCUGAAGACAAAUACUUUAGCACAUAUCAAAGCCAGCCAGCAAAAACUCUGUUUUAAACAUCAUUUUUAAUCAACAUGAGUUUCACAAUUUUUUGAGGUUAAAAAAAAAUGCAAAAAGUGACAAGUCUUGCAAAUUUCCAAAUAUUUUAUUACUAAACAAUUUUGAAACAUGUUGUGGUCUUUUUUUAUUAUUUUAUUAUUAUACUUAAGCAAAUUUCUUAUAACACAGACUUGCGUGCUUCUCGAUUUAUGCGUACAUAACAACAAAUUUUAAUUAUAACUAAUAGUAUUGUAUACGAAAUCUGUUGUAAGAUUUUUGACUUGUUAACAUUUACUUUUCUAUGCAUACAACUCAAGUAUUUUUGCUUUAAAACACACACACACACACAUGCAUACAUGAAACUGCAACACAUUUGCAGUUAAUAAUAUUUUUCGCUAUUGUUCAGCUACAGUUUAUAAGUUGCUUAUAACUUAAAUAAAAGAAAACAAUUAAAGUGAAUGAAAAACUAUAAAAGCGACUGCCAGACAGCGCCCAGAAUCCUGCGGAGACUCUAAUUGUCUAAGGAUUCGCAUGCAUGAGACAUGACUGCAGCAAAAUCAACUGUAUAUACAUAUAUAAAUAAUGAUUUACAAUAAAUAGAAUGAAACAGUUGAAUUUGCGCAUUUCAUGUUGUUGCAUAAAUUGUGCAACAAAUGCAAAAUAUAUAAAAUAUAAUAAUAAAUGCUGCUUAAUAAAAUAAACUUAUAAAUUGUAGCUAAACUUUCUUUUAACAACUUCUAUAAACUGCUGUUUGUAUGUGGAAAAAAACUGCAAGAUUACAUUAUAUAUAUAUACACACACAUACAUAAACAUAUACCUACACAUAUAAAUAACGUUACUGUAGCCACGUACCAUAUACAUAAUAAUAAAAUAUUGUUGUAGUUUAGUAGUUUUGCUUUAUUUCUAUUAUAUAAGUUUAAAUAAUAAUUUAUUGCAUAGUUUGUACGUAUGAGAGAAUAUUAAAAACAAUUCAAACAAAACUAUUGAAAAAUAAAUAAAGUUAAAGAAAUAAAUGGCACUGAAAGUUAUUAAAUAACAACACAAAACCUAAA